GCGACACGGUCGGAUCUCGCCUCGUAGCCGCCACGUACACACACGUACGGGGGUGGUACACACGCGCUCAUUAUCUCGUCACUGGUGAUCUUCUCUACGAACGGUUGCACCUGUUUCGGGGCUAGUCGUCUCAUCGGGUCCGUCGAGGGACCAGCGGGCCCGCGGCCGGGUCUACUCGAAAUCGUUAUCGGCAUCCGCAACUCGCGGCCACGGUUAAUUAACUUAACGUCGGUUCGUUUGAAAACCAUCGGUGGAUAAUCACCCGCGGCCGACACGCAGGCCGACGAUCGUUCGUCGAUCUUCCGCGACGCGGAGUUAGUGGUCGACCGUAAGUUGUCGAGUGACACUGGAGGAUCCUCGAAGGUGGUCCUCGCGAAAGACCGUCGCAAUCUGUGCGGGAAGCGUGUGCCGUUCGAGCAGGAUCGUGUGCUAGGUAACUAACUCGUCCGGGAUAUAACACUUGUUGGAGGAUCGUUGGAUCGUCGAGGUCCCGGGACGGCUGGAUGGGCCCGACGAUCUAGGAUCGAGCGGACCGCCCUGGGUCUGGUGCGAUGCUCGCGGGGGAUCCUCGAAUAUGCGAGAUCCGUGUGCACGGUUGAUCGACGCACGUACGCGUAACCGUCGCGGGCCGCCGCCGCCGCCGAGGGGGUUUCAAUUAAAUCUCCCGCGAGGAAGGUCAAGUGCGCCGUGCGAGCGACAUCCAGUUUUCAGUUUUAAUUAAACCACCCCGGAGGACCGCUGUUAUCGCGCUUGUGUUCGAGAUUAAUUAGCGACGGCGGGGACGAGGGCCCGCGCGCGCGGCAGGUGAGCAGCUGCGAGGAGGAUAUCGCCGCGGCGCUCCGCGGCGACAGCCGACCAGAAAGAAUAUACGGGGGCUUCUAUUGUACCGCGGGAUUUCGUCGGGAGUGUUGUUUCGCGCUCGAGCGAGCCGAUCCAUCAAUCGGUCGGAAAAUCGACGGGUCGACGGGCGGAGGAGGAACGGAACGGAACGGAACGGAACGGAGCAGCCGGUGUGCCUCGUGUGACGUUCGAUUCGCGUGUGGUUCGCCGCUGCCUAGCUGGGAGACGAAGAAGCGGAGAGAGCUCGAUCAGAUUCGCCGUUAAACGGGUCGUUCGCGAGUGACAAAUUGUGUCAUUGUGUACGGGACUCGGCACGUAACUCGCGGAGGCGGCGAGCAGCGGGAGAGAAGCGAGACGGGGAGGAGAGCUAGUGGUGAGAGGAUAAAAAGAGGAGAGAAGAAAGUGCGAGAGCGGGUUCCCGGUGUCGGCCGUCGCAGCAUCCGUGAACGUCGCAAGUUCAAGGGAUGAGAGCGACGCAGCCACGGCAAUAGCUACUCCCGACGUCCGAGAGGCACGUAUUAUGUGAGGUGAAACUUGCAACGAGGGAAACGAAGAUGUCCGCCAUCAGCGUGGCUGCAUGGCUGCUCAGCGCCGUCGCUUUCGCCGCGAUUAAUAACGGAGCGCACUGUCACAGCAUGCUUCACGGGAGCAGCGGCAAGAGCGCUAACAGUUUAGACGACGGUGGUACACGGUCCGGCCCGUAUUUCGAUUUGUCCACUUCGAAAAACGUGACCGCGCUCGUGGGCAAGACCACGUACUUGAACUGCCGCGUAAAGAACCUGGGGAACAAGACGAUGGCGUUACAAGUGUCCUGGAUACGACACAGGGACACCCAUUUGCUCACGGUUGGUCAGUAUACAUACACGAACGAUCAACGAUUUCGAGUGAUCCACAGUGCGCACGCGGACAACUGGACGCUUCAAAUCAAGUAUCCGCAGAUCCGGGACACUGGGUUCUACGAGUGCCAGGUCUCCACGGCGACGCCGAUCAGCCACAUCGUUCAUCUGAACGUGAUCCAACCGCAGACGGAAAUCCUGGGUGCACCAGACCUGUACAUUAAUCGUGGAAGCACCAUAAACCUCACAUGCAUAAUUUGGCAGAGUCCAGAACCCCCAGCAUAUAUAUUCUGGAACCAUAAGGACGCCAUAAUCAACUACGAAUCGGCCAGAGGCGGCGUGUCCGUAGUCACGGAGAAGGGUGACAGCACCACAAGUUUCCUGCUUGUACAGGACGCGAAGCCGUCGGACUCGGGACAGUACACUUGUAAUCCUAGUAAUGCUCAACCUAAAUCGAUCACCGUGCACGUACUCAAUGGAGAGUAUCCCGCGGCAAUGCAGCACGGCGGUCAAGCCAAACAACCGAGGCUCUACUCCCUUCUACUCUGUCUAUGUUUGCUGCUCUACUAACUGUAUCAUCCCCCGGAUUGCCGAUCCCCCGAGCUCCCCGACGACGGUAAACAACGCGGCCGUGUACCGUGAGAUUUGCCGUUCGAGGGACACCGGCGAGGUGCGCCGAAGAAAGUACGCCACGGGUUCCCGGCUGCGGAAAUCACGGCUGUGUGCGGUGGUGCAGUGAGACACGAUAGAACCGGCGGUGCAUAUGUGUAUCGGGUGUUCGCGUGGACAAGAAACGAAAACGGUAAAAAACGCGCGAGAACGACAAACGCCGACGAAACGUAGCGAAACCAAACCAAACCAAACCAAACCAAACCAAACCAAAUCAAACGAAACGAUACGAAACAAAGCUAAAGACGGAAAGAUAGAAAACAACAGAGUGCAUUGUUCCUCGCGACGGUCGACGAGCCGUCGUCAUUGAGCGAAAUUGGCGCGGCGAGCUGGAUAGCCGAACGCAAGAAAGGAACCGCGAGCGGAGGCUGCAUCGCUAAACAGACUGACAAAGUGACUGAUCGUAAUCGUGCUGGCGACGAAAUCGGAUCGGAUCAGGCGAGGCGAGGCGUGACGUUGUUUGGCGUGGCGUAGCUUGGCGUGGCGUAGUUUGGCCUGGCGUAGUUUGGCGCGGCUUGGCGCGGCUUGGCGUGGCAACGUAACGCGGACGUAAUCCAACCGUGUGUAGUCGGGGUCGCGAAACGAUUAAACCUGAACCGGUCGCAGGACAAACGGAAAUUGAGAUGGCGAAAGACGGGGAACGAGGGAAACGACACGAGCCCUCGGAGGUACAGCGGAACAAGCAACGAGACAAAGGCGAGGAUCAGAGUACAAAGGAUCGCCUUUCCUCCGCAAUUAUUCAACCGUGCCGACGGGUUGUGUGCGGAACGAGAGAGACCGGGUGUGCGCAGAGGAAAACCGGAACACCGAUCGACAGCCGGAUCCGUUUUCCAUAGCGUGCCGCAGAUCAUACGUCAUACGAAACGGCGGAUCGUUGCCGCGCAACCGUAAUUUCGAUCGUAUCGCCUCGAUCCUUGCCGACGGUCCACGGGUCCCAAUCCUGCCCUCCUUUAUCCACCACCGCCCGAUAAAGACCAAUAAACGCGACGCGGCUGAAUUGCUAGCGCGAGUCGAGCCCCCUCCUCGUGCCACCAACUUCCGGAACUCUCAAGUCCUCGUAACUACCGAUAUUUAUACCGAACUGCUUUCGAUGGAGACAGAGACGGACUCGCGAACUAUCGCGAUAAGGAAUCUCCCUCUUUCUCUGUCUCUCUCUCUCUCUCUCUCUCUCUCUCUCUCUCUCUUUGAUAAUUAUCAAUUAGCAACGUAAGGACGGUAUUUGAUCUAGUAUACUCGCCACGGGCUAGCAGCUUUUCUUUUUCGCAAGGGAACGGCGUCAUUCGCUGCUUUCGUCCUGGACGCCGACCAGAUGGCGACUUUUUUACGUGACCUACGCGUGACACGGUUUUCAAUUUAUACAUUCGGUCGUGUUCGUUUUGGUACGAUUCGAAAUAGGGUGGCCUAUGAAAUUGCUCGUGCAGAUGUGUAGUGGAAGUUUGUUUCAGGGAAUUCGAGUUUGGAAAAAUUUAUAAAAUUAUAUUCAACGCUGAAUCUAGCGACUUUUACUCCCUAAAAGUAAUUAACGCGCGUUGCUUUAUAUCGAUGAAAAGACUGUAUUUAUUCAGACCGUUCACCAUUUUUAUUACAACGAAUGCUUGGAUUAAGAAAUUUGUUCGAUCAUUUUCCAUGGAAGAGUCUUCGUAAUCGCAGCAACUUCAAAGCCAAAAAACUUGAAACCGGUCAUUUUGAUCGGCAGUUUAACACAGAAAAGUCACGAUUCUUCUUAUACGACUUCUAGUAUCGUUUUUUCACUGUAGUGAAGUAAUAUAUUUAUAACGUAUUGAAGUGAAGAACUUAUGCGAAUUAUUUUUACGUGAGUUUGAAUGAUUGAGAAGAACGCCAUCCAUCUUCGAAAAGUGUCGAAUUGUGAUUGAAGUAAGGUGCUCAAACAAUUUUGUUGACUGAAAGCUUUAUUUGAAAUAAGUCUGGCAAUAUUAUAGAAGCAUCUUAUUAAAUAUCGUCGAAGUUAAAUUAAGCAACGUUUACGUCUAUGUACGCACAAUUUCGUAGGCCACUGUGUGUUCGUUAACAGUUGAGUAAUCGAUGCAAUUGGAUUUGAACACAUGCAAUAAACUGGUUUGUGAUUUCUGCUAGAGCGAUGAUAUUAUUUCUGAAAAUUUAAAUUAAUUGUCACUCUCUAAUCUACGAAGUGAACUAGAAUUUAUGCAGCAUAGAGAUGUAACAAGUCGAAGGACGAGAAAGUACGUAAUUGUGGAAAGAUCGAAGAAAUAUGAUCUACCGUUCGAAACAUCUUGUGUUACUAAAAUUGUACAGUAAUGUCUCUCUAAUUGACGCUCAGAUUGUCCACGAAAAUGGACAACUUGAGAAA